CGCUGUAUGUCGCCACCGGGAGAUGGUCAUUUUCCUCUCCAUGCGAAUAGGAGGAGCCCUCAGUUUUACCCGACUGUGUCACUAACGAAGAGGACAAGCCCAGGUGCUGAGGAGAGGGAAAGGGCGAUAGGGGUGGUGUGGUUUCUGCAGGUAAACACUAGUAAUCCCGAGCACAGAGAGGCAAGUGCGGAGUUUAGCCCACACCCAGCACGCUUGCGGACACCGUACGGAUCCACCUGUGUUGUUGUAUCUUCCAUUUUCAGCAACCCGCGGGUGGGAAGCAGCCAAUGCCAAUGCGCUCUCGCCUGUGGACCAUGUUCGCAGGUCAGAGGAUGCGUAAAAAUGCGUAGUAACUGGAAUAGCAGGUGCUGGAAGAAGGGCGUCCGACUGUCAACACGUCUAAACUGUGCGCAUAGCGCCGAGCGCUGAUGUUCAAACCAUGGAGAAACAAGCUCUUGCAACGGCUCUUAGCUUGUCCAUGAGCGUUAUCUCUUUACUCUUGUUGGUCACCGCUAUCUUCACCGACCAUUGGUACGAGACAGACACCAGAAGGCAUAAGGAGAACUGCGACAAGUAUGGGUCGGAUUCUAACGACCAGAAAAACAGGGAGAUGCCUAUAUACCACUUGCCUCUUGUGGACAACGGCAACUCCAAACGGAACGUGGCGCUUAUGAAGCCGAUUCACGUCGGGAGUAGAGAGGAGGAAUUACUUGAGAACUGGAGGGCAAUACUGGGGAUGGGGAUUCUUGAGACGGAAUGUGGGCGUCCGUUGUUCUCCACAUAUUCUGGACUCUGGAGAAAAUGCUACUUUCAAGGCAUGGACCGGGAUAUCGAUAAACUCAUAUCAAAGGGUAUUGCGGACCGAUGCACAACUGUCAAGUACCAUUUCUCUCAGCCUAUUCGGCUUCGAAACAUCCCGCUCAACCUGACGAGAACCAUUCAGCAAGAUGAAUGGCAUCUCUUACAUCUGCGGCGAAUCACGGCGGGGUUCCUUGGGAUGGCGGCCGCCGUUUUGCUUUGUGGCAGCAUUGUGGCCACAGUGGGCUUCUUUUGGGAGGAGAGCCUCACCCAGCACGUCUCCGGCCUGCUCUUCCUCAUGGCAGGGAUAUUCUGCACCAUCUCCUUGUGCACCUACGCCGCCAGCGUCUCCUACGACCUCUCCCGGAAUCCACCCUUCAUCUAUGGACUGCCCGGCGACGUGGACCAUGGUUACGGCUGGUCCAUCUUCUGCGCCUGGGUCAGCCUGGGACUUACCGUGGCAUCGGGCUGCCUCUGCACCACCUACCCCUUCUUCAGCCAAACCAAGGCCCUGCACUCCAAAACCGCCCGGGAGUCCUCGGUAUGAGCGUUAUGAGCAGUGUGAGAGAAUUGUACGCCCCCUGUAGAUUUGGAGGAUCUAGGAAGACCAAUAUAAGAGGAGGUGUUUUAUUUGUACGAAACCAGAGAUGAAACAUAGUUUCCACAGUGAGAUAUGGGAUAUCUUGUUGGUCUUUUUUGUAGACUCUCGCCAUCCUUUAUCGAGGUGUUAUGGAAGGUGCAGCUGUUAUGAUGUGUUAUGUGUGUGUUUGUAUGUGCACACAGGCAAACUCACACAUACAUAUGGACCUACACAUGUGUGCACAAGCACACACACAGUCUCUCUCUCUCUCUCUCUCCCUCCAAGAUAUGGAGAACAAUAUGAGAGUGAAUAACAUGAAACGAUGCAAAUACCCACACAGGCAUAAACGUGUGUAUAUAUUAACAUAUAUAUGAAAAGGGCAGAAUUCUUAUGGGUGGUUUGGUAAGAUUGAAUCAAAUGGACAUUGUAUAAAACUACUAGUAUCACUUUAAAAGCAAGAACCCUCCUUUUUUUCAGAUGUAAGUGAUAUAUUUUCUAAACUCUUAAGUACAAAACUCUAAACUGAUAGCAUGUGUAAUGCCCCCUAUCUUAUGUUCAGAACCUUUGAUUGUGCAUUCAUUGGGGUUUCACAUCUUUGUUUUCCAUUAAAUACCAUGAGCACAUUUUGGUUAGUCACCAAUACAUCAGAUAAUGAUCGGCUCACCAUGUAGUCAUUUUAACUACUAUUUUCAGUUGUUGUUCUUUUCAAUCACUUUCGUGCAAUUUUCACUAGUAUGUUGUACAUUUUCACGACAAGAACAAAAAUCAAAACAGAUCAUCACAAUCGUCCCUGUUUCAAAACUCACAUUUCCAAUUGACUGAGAAAAACAAACGAAAAAAGUCUCUGUUCACUGCACCAAAUCACUUUUUUGGGGGGGUUACAUAAUCAAUCUAAGUGUCUGCUUUUCAAAAUGCAAUAUUCACUUUACUUUUGAUAUGAGUUUCUUGUCAUUUGUUAACAAUACAAUUAUCUAUCACUUAAUCAAACUGCUCAAAACUGAUAACCACUGAGCCACAAGUAUGUACUGCCUAGUUAACGUAUAUAGUUUGAUAACUGUUGAACACUGUAAAUGUCUAUAUUUUUUUACCUAAAUGUAGCAAUUUGACAUCAAUUUAUGUUGGAAGGUAAAAGCAUAUGGAUGUGACUGUAAAUACUACAUCAUCAUUCUCCAUCAGCCAGUGUGCUCCAAUAGGACAAAGGGGAAAGAAUCCCUAUGUGCUACAAUUUGGGAUUAUAGUGUCGUGCACAAUGCACUGCUGAAAUACCUGGGUUGUGCACUGCUGAUACACAUUUCGAAACUGUUCUUUUUGAAGUGCUGAAUAGAAAGAAUACUAGAUGGUAAAUAUAUAUUUUCCAUACAGUAUUUGACUCUAACUUGACAUACCAUUUUGUAUCCGAUGGCAGGUUGUGAGCACGUUGAGAAAUAUGUCAGUUUAACAGUUUCAUAAUCCGUAUACAGCACACGUGUAGGACAAAUCAUCACAAAUAGGGGUAUUGUAAAGCAGUUGGCUACUGUAAAAAUGUAGUACGGGUGUUGUGUGCUAUUUCUGCCGCAUGCAACAUUGUGAAAGAUCCCCCUUUUCUACGGGACUUGUCAACUAAUACAGUAUCGCCUGUCGCUCUGCUUGAAAUUCGUCAGCUUACGAUGUACAAAUGAAAUUCAGAUGAUGAGUGAAAUAUAUUAUUAUACACAAUACAGGUAUUUCAACACUACACUAUCAUUCCAAAUGGUAGCACACAGAGUGACUCUUUCCAUGUUGUCCUAUUGGAGCACACUGGCUGAUGGAGAAUGAUGUAGUAUUUACAGUCACAUCCAUAUAGGAUUUGGAUUUACCUUACAACAUAAAUUGAUGUCAAACUGACACAUUUAUGAGGUAAAAAUACAGAAAUGUACAGUGUUCAGCAGUUAUCGUACUGUAUACGUAAAGUAGGCAUUACAUCGUUUUGGUUCAGUAGUUAUCAGUUUUGAGCAGAUUUAUUAAGUGAUGAUAAUUGUAUUCUUAACAAAUUAUAAGAAAAUCAUAACAAAAUGAAGGGAAUAUUGCAUUUUGAAAAGCAGGUACUUAGAUUGACAUAUAUAUCCAAAUUGAAAAAGUGAUUUGAUGCAGUAACUUUGUGAAUUUGUUUGUUGUACUCAGUCAAUUGAAAAUGUGCUUUAGAGUUUUGAAACAUGAGCCAUUUUAAAGAUCUGUUUAGAUUUUUGUGCUUGUUGUGAAAAUGUACCACAUACUUGUGAAAAUUGCACCAAAGGGAUUGAAAAAAAUGUCAUCCACAAGCCUAUGACAUUCUGACGGAUUCUAUUGGUAAUUUUAGUUGUGGCAAUCAAAUUGUACAAAGUUUUUAGUGAACCCAUUAACCAGUCCCUUCCCAAACAGAUAAGGCAUAAUCACUAAUCAUUUCAAAAUGUGUGCCAGACUGAGAAGAAUACUGACAAUGAUAGGCGAAGGACUACAGGGAUGGUUGCUUACAAAGUUGAGGAAAGUCAUUUUUCUCGCUCGUGGACACAAAUGGUGCACGAUUCAACAUUGGAAUGUAAAAACAGUAGAAACUGGUUGAGAUCAUGUUGACACACCGCUUGAAUGGAUGUAAGACUUUUGUGUUGGAACGUCAUCACACAUGUUCUGAGCAGCCAACAGUGAGGGGUGGGCCCUGAAAGUUACAUGCUGCCCCAUGGAAUGGCCAGCUUUCGCAACGACUCUAUCUGACCUGGAAGACUUGUAGGGACCUUGAAUGGCUUGUGGGGACAUUAAAUGGCUUGUGUGGACCUUGCAGGUUAUGUAUGUUCAACUCAGCAUGCUGUGUCAGAAGCAGAGCAGCAAUUCCGAGAUGGUACAUUGAGCUUCAAGUCUUCUAUAUUGACAUUUAAAUCGAGCUGUAAAUAAAAUAUGAUCAACAAGAA